AUAAAUUAAUGAAUGUGACAGGCAGCAUUGGCGGCGAGAUCGUGGUGCCUAUCCAUGCCUGGAACGACAACAGAGAAACUCGUGGCGAACAUCAACUAUGCUUGCGGGAGCGGCUUAGCAGAUUGUAGAGCGAUACAGGAUGGCGGCCCGUGCUACUCCACGGACAUCAUCAAAGUGGCAAACUACGCCAUGAACGCCUAUUACUACAGCGCCGGGCAUGAGGACUUCAACUGCUACUUCGAUGGUUCCGGCCGCAUAGUCUACGACGACCCCAGUUACGAGGGCUGCGUAUAUCCUUAAUGAAGCAAACUGGAUCCUUCAUGAAGCAAGCUGGAGUGCUUGAGGAUACGAUAGAGUUUGAGGUUUAGUUUGGUCGCACCAAAAAUAAAACGAACAAAUAAAUAUAAAUUUGCUUACGUGUUUCCAUGUAUUAAAUUCAUU